CUGUCUGCAACAUCUAGUUACCCUCUUCACCAUGGUUGGGCAAGAAGGCUGACGGACUAGACGACAGACAGGGGAUUCUCAUCAUGUGUGCACCGAGCUCAGGGUCAUUGUCCCUCCGACAUCAUGCCCGAAUCCGAAAUCCUCAUUCACAUCGCCGCCCCCAGCACCGUCCGUGACGAUGCACGCUACCGUGCCCAGGUCGAGGCCAUUCUUGCAUUCCAGGCCUCCACUCGCCAAGUGAUCACCUUGCGGUCGGACAAAGACCAUGCCGACGAUAACAACGUCAGUGCGCAAUCUAUUGGCUCCACAACAGCAUCAGGUUCGACUGCGAGCACCGAUAGUGAAGGGACCGGCGUCGAUCAUGAGCUCGACACGAGCGCCCCGCAGAUACCUAGUUGGCAACCGGAGACAAUACAAUCCUUACCCCGAUCUUCCUCCCCUGCCCGCCAAACUCAAUAUGUCGACUCCCUUGGGACGCCCAUCAGCGUGGUUCCAGACUCGCAGCCUGGACAAGGACAGCAGGACACCCUUGCCUUGCAGGAAAUCGCAUCUCCCGUCACUGCCACUUCACACGCUCACAGAUCCACGGGCGCUACAACCGAAGCUCAUACAGUAAAGCGAAGCAGCGUGGACUUGUCCGCACCGGAGAGCGAGGAGCACGACAAUCUCCCGGGCCGCGUUCGAGACGAGGCCCGGUCCGCGCCGCCCCAAUCCGAUCUCGCCUUGCAGGAGCCCGAGUCUCCUGUAUCGGUAUCUCGACGGAAACCCGUCCCACAAAUAGUGGACGCCCCUCCCGCGAAGCGCAACCGGGCUGACCCGCCCCGUAUACCUGAAAAUGGGACGAGUGACAACCCUCUAACCCGACGGCAACACAAGCAAUCUCGCAAGCAAUCGCGACAUGACAACAAACCAAGCACAUCACCUUCCCUUGAGGAGUUUUCCGUUCAUGACACUCCUGGGCCGGAUGCGCCCUUCUCGACGGAGAACACCCUUGUCACGACGCCUGUCAAAAUCCAACCGCCACUGCCCCCUAUCUCCAGAUCGCCCUUUGAAUCCCACAUUACCCCAACCCUCUCCAUGCUAGUGACGCGUCUCCGCUCAGGGCGCACGUACACUCCCGUCAAACAAUUCCGAGACCUGGACGCCCUCGAGCGCGGAUACUGGUUCCUGCUCAUCAACCUGGUUCCAGACGACGCACCCCUAUCAGCAGCUGCAGCAGGUGGCAGCUCCAUCAACACGCAUACAAUCUGGGAUAUCACCUUAUUCAACCGGUUCUGGACCUUUCUAUCCGAGUUUAUCUCCGAGGGUCGCGCGGGGUGGGGUGUAUGGUGUAUUCUCGAGGACGCUCCGUCACCAGCACCCCUGCAGCCCGGGAACCGGGCCACCGCGUCCGCGGCUACGCCGUCUAGUGGCACGGAGGUCGCGACGCAGCGCUUGACCCUCAAGGUCUACGCGUGGGGGGAGGUGGCUUUGCAUGUCUAUUUGCUGUUAUUUCUAGCCAGCGAGCGACGCAUCCGACGGAUGGGGGCGCAGUGGCGCGAUGGAGGUGAUGUGGUGAUUAUAGAGAUGCCGUAGUUGUGUGAUAUACCAGGG